ACCAGCACCUGCCAGCUGGCGAAAAUGCGCGUCCAUGUGGCGACAAGCAGUGCAAGCACAUGCAAUGCACGCGACUUUAACGUACGAGGGUGCUGGUUGAAUUGAGGAAGUGGAAGUACCUGGGUGUGCGAGAUAAGUUUGACAAGGAUGAAUGGCGUGCUGGACAAGAGGAAGCACUCGCCUCUUCACCAGGGCGAGGAACAGCUGUCCGACCCUGAGGAGCACAUCUUGAAAAAAAAAUUACAAAUAAAGUCACAGGCUCUUGUGAUAUUAGGCCAAGAGCUUGAUCAGUGUAGAGUGCAGAGGGAUAGGUAUAAGUUAGUUGCUGAACAGUUGCAAGAGGAUCUAGACAGAAGGAAACAAGCCAGCGAAAAGAAAAUUAUCAAUGGCUUUAUAAGUCCUGGAUUCUCCAUACAUAAAGAUAUUCAAGGCAAAAAUAAAGGAACUAGUCUAGAAGAGGAAACAAAGUUAGUGGACUUGCUACAAGAAGCCAAAGAGGAAAACAAGUGCCUUCGGUUGCAAGUCAGCACCCUGCGACAGAAGCUCAAAGAGGCUGAAGACGAUAUCAAAGCCCUGCGUUCAAAAAAGUCUAAUGACUUCAGGCUUACCAGUGAAGUGACUCCUGCCUUGCAUCAGAGAGAAGAGAUGAUAGAACAAUUGGAGAAAUUGAAUAUCAAGUGUAUGCAGUUGAAAGUGGAUUUGAAAUCAGCACUGGAUGAGAAACAAGAAUUGGAAAUGGAAAGAGAUGCUUUCAAGUGUAAAGCUCAUCGAUUGAAUUAUGAACUUGCACAGGCACUUCAUGCUUCUAAACCUGUAGACAUAGAUGCUCUGGUCAAUGAAAAUAGGUAUUUACAAGAAAGACUUCAGCAGUUGUUAGAAGAGAAAGACUUGGCACAGCAAUCUGUUCAAAAAUACAAGAGUAUGUUAGAUAGCAAAAGACAAAAGGGAACAAUCAAGUUGGGAGGAAAGUCAUCGAUGGGUUCAGUUAUGACCUUCAAACAAGUAGAACAAUUGCUUAAGCAAGGACCAAAUAUUCCAGCACAAAAAUCAGUCGAUGCAUUAUCUGAAUUGCAUAGUGUUUGCACUGCCCUUCUUGAAGCUGUCAAUGAUAAAAAUUUAGCCUUAGCACAUCAAAAAAAAGCAAACAAAAUUUUAGCUUCAAGAAUAUGCGAAUUAGACAGAACAGUGCAGUCACCAACGAAUAGGCUAUUAGAAGGCUACUCAAGCGCGGAAGUUGACGUGAAAUGUGAUUCAACUAGCGUCACAUCAGACUUAUCUGAGGAGCAAUCUGAAAGCAAAACAUUUGAAGAGACAACCGCGGAUCAAGAUACCAAGAGCAAACAAUCUGACGAGACAAGUAAUACCAGUGCCGAACCUUGCAUUAAAUCCAAAGACUGUAUCGAGUGUUGCUCCAUGAAGAGCAAUAUCGAAGAAAAAAUUCAAAGAUUACUCGAUGAAGAGAUAGAAACUGAACAAGAGAAAAGUUUCUUCCGGCCGAUACAUUAUCUAGAAAGGAACGAAAAUGAAGUUCAAAUUCUGAAUUUCAACGAGAGACUCAAACUUCUUCCUGAACAUUUAAGAGAGCUUGUACAAAAAAAUCUCGACGAGUUGCGUGCGAAUGAUCGUUGAAGAAAGACGUUUCUCUAACAUUAUAAUUAAACUAGUCUGCGCCAUUCCAAAGAAUUUUUAUACCGAUACACUAAGGAUUCACACUAUCACAUAUACACAAUACACACAAAACACACAAUGCGUAUCUUACUAAUAAA